AUGGAUGGAGAGACUGUGGGUCGCUGGAUCCUUGAAGUGGGUACCCGCCUGUUCGAGGAGGGCUCGCUGCCUGGUCUGCCUUCCUGGGAACAAGAGGAGUCUCCAGAGUGGCGCGUCUCCUUGAAAGCCUGGGAAGAGGCGCUGGAUGUAGCUAUGGGCCCACGCUUUGCGGAGCUUGUCGAGCGAUCUUUCAAGCAGGCCGAGGCUGGAUUCUACCAGCUGGGCAGGCUUGCACCACGUCUUGCAGGACUUCGAUGGCUCAGCUGCAUGGCCUGGAUCCAGUGCAGAACAAAAGCCGUCAUGGAGGCAUCCUCCGGUGGUGGCAACUGCAGCAUACCUACGGCAGCGUCUUCGCAUGCAGCAUGUGAUGAGGCUAAGCGCUUCAUAUUCAAAGCCUUAGACACUGUGGUGUCGGAGCCCAAGGUGCGUGUCCUUUUUGAUUUCGAUCUUGUGGGAGAAGGGGUGUGGCAUGGUGGUGGCAAAGAGGAAUUACCAGAGGAGAGCAAGGAUGAAUGGCACCGGCGAGCCUGCGAGUUCGAUUUGUGCCGAAUCUCGCAUCAGGUUGAGAAAGCACCCCCAGCAGAAGCAAAUGCUUCCAUACCUCGUCUGCUUCUGAUGCAGCCCUACGGUACGCCGCACAAACGGCUCCGACUCGCGGAGGUGCCCCGGAUGAUUUUGGAACGGCAUGACUGGUACACCCAGAUCGAGAAAAUGCCGCUGCUGAAUCUUCACUCUAAGUCACCUGUGGUUGGGCCUAUUCUUCAUAUCGAGGUUCCUCCUCCGCCUGACUUUGACCUGGACGAUCCAGAGAUCCGAAGUAAAGUCGAGCGUGGGGAGGAUCUUGGUAAGGCCCACCAGGAGGAUGGCUUGCCCGGUGCUCUUCACGGAAGUUUGGGGCUCCUCUAUGCAGCUAUGGCCUUUGAGGAGGAUAUCGUCAACGUGCGAUUCCAUCCUGGUGGCAUUCUGCUUGAAGGUAUGAUGGAGAUGUUUCUCCAUUACGGCCCCAAGCUGCGCACCAUAAGCUUGGAGGGCAACGCAGGCUUUGUGACGGAGGACGCGCUGUCUCUCUUGACCUUAGCCGGUGAUACGGUGAAAACUCUGGACCUGGAGGGCUGCGAUCUCAACCCAGGGCACCUGGAGGCCAUCCUACACACGGUGAGGAACCUGCGCGCCUUGCAGAUCCUGGACCUUGCAGGCAACAAACUUGACGGUCCCACAGCACUCAACCUGGUUGGCGCCCUCUGCGAAAGCCGCAUCGACCUCGACAUCCUCCGAUUGGAUGGCAACCCUUUGGGCACACCGGAGGUGUUCAAAAACGAGGUCGCAACCCAGUUGGCAAACCGCGGUGAGUCAGUGAUAGCUGGUGGAGAUCUCGUGCUGCACCUGGGUGACGAUGCAGUACGCUGGUGUCCUGCUCCUCGUGAGGGCUCUUUAGCCCGAAGGUUACGUGAGGAGGGCGGAGAUGUGGUCCGCACGUCCUCCCUCAAGGAGAUGGAUCGUUUGGUUGCUCAGACAGAGGCCCAGAUAGCAAAGUUCCAGCAGAACGACCCUGCGGCUCAGUCUUCGGGUGGCCGAGACUGGCUUCGGCGACGGCGCCGCCAAAAUGCCAAGGUCUGGUCCUCACCUGCCUUGAAGUUCUAUCGAAAGCAGCGCGCGUGGUUGGCCAACCAGAAAGAGUAG